UGGAUGUUGGAUGGAUGAUAGACAGAAUCUGCAGUAAAAUCUCUUGUUUUUAUUUUUGUUUCGAGUUUUUAUGAAUUCUCCUGAUUGUUUUCUUCCUCUAAACUGAAGCUGUGAGGGUUCGAACCCGGAGCUUCAUGUCCAGCAGAUGGACCCCCGAACACUUCCGGUUUUCUGGACCGGACCGAGUCUGUCGUCCUGAACCUCAGAGGCUGAACUGCAGAGAAAAUGUUCGGAUUUCAAUGUUAAAGUGAAUCAUCUGGACGUGAGCGUGUCACGCGCCUGGAACAGUGGAAGGUGGGAAACUGGCCUCUGAUUGGUGGAGGUGUUGGAGAGGUGCGUGUAAGAGGGGGGGCUCCCACACAGCCGCUCUGCGCGGUGGCGCGUCGCUGACGCACAGCUCCAAGCCCCUCCAGCGGCCGGAGGUGCGCUCCUCUCCGCGUGCACAGCUGCUCCUCGCGCCGCUCGGCUCCUGAGCGCUCCGCCAUGAGCUGCCUGGAUGUGAUGUACCAGGUGUUUGGUCCGCAGCCCUAUUUCAGCUCCUGCAGCCCGUUCCACCACCAGAAACUGGCCUUGUACUCCAAAAUGCAGCCCCCCCAGGAGAACGGUGGCCGGCUUGGCCCCUUGGGGCCCGUGGCGAUCAAGGAGGAGGACAAGGAGCUGCCGCCGGGCGCCGAGUACCUGAGCGCGCGCUGCGUCCUCUUCACCUACUUCCGGGGGGACAUCAGCGCCGUGGUGGACGAGCACUUCAGCCGGGCCCUCAGCCAGGCUACGGCGUACCCCCCCGCCGGCAGCCACAAAGCCCUGAGAGACGGAUCCUUCCCCAUGAGUCAGAGGAGCUUCCCCCCCUCCUUCUGGAACAGCUCCUACCAGCCGUCCGUCUCCUCCUCACUGGGGGGCGCGCUGGCCGCCCCCCACUCAGACCUGUCCUUCGCCGGGGACCCGUACUCCUCCUCCCCCCUCCACGGCCACCUCCACCAGCCCGGCCCCGACGCCUGGCACCCCUCCCACCACCACCACCACCCCUACUCGCUGGGGGGGGCCAUCAGCACCCAGAGCUACCCCCGCCCGGGGGUUCACGAGAUGUACAGCACGGCGUUCGACCCGCGCUACGGCUCGCUGCUGGUGCCGUCCGUCAGGCCGCACCAUCGCCUGGUCCCCGGCAGCUCCGCCCCGGGGCCAAGCUCCUCCCCCUGUGACCUCGGGGGUAAGGGGGAGUCCGGGGGGUCCGCCUGGAGCGGCACCUUCACCAGCGCCGGAGCAGAGAUUGGACUUAACCCGGACUCAGAACCUUUUGCUGCUGCUUUUCGCUCCCAGAGGAACGCCGAGGUGAACACCAGCAGACGUUUGUCUCCGGCAGCGUCACCUGGACACCACAUGAGUGUGCAGAGGGGGGGAGGGAACCUGAUCCCUACGGAUCCGGACAAAGACUGGACUCUUUGUGCUCCUCUGACAGCAGGGACGACAUUCCUAAAGUGGGAAAAUCCUGGAGAGAGACGGACAGAGACACGUGUGCCUGGAGGCUGAAGGACUUGGCAGCACCGGCGGCUCCGGGCCAACACAGACUCUGUGGCCGCUGGUCCGGAUGAGUCCGGAUGAGUCCGGAUGAGUCCGGACUCUCCUGUUCUUGCUGGACGUUCCUGCACCAACCAAACAUCCUCAUUCCCAUCUUUUUUUCCAUUUUCCUAAGCUAGAAAAGAGAACGCAGGAAUGUGAAAAAGCAUUGGUGCAGCGGAACAAGCGGAGCAGCGUUUCUGCCGCCGCCGAGGUUUGGAUGAAAGCAGAAAAAUCCUUUCCAUCCUGUGGAUUCAAUGUGGGAUCAUCUGGAAAGACCGGAACCCAGCCGUCAAAGCCGUCUGCUUCAGUCUGUGGUUCAGGCUAUAGAUGAUCCGUCAUGAUGGGAAGGAACUGCUGAUCAUGACGGUGUUUCGGGUUUCUGAUCCGAUGAUCCAGAGUUCUCGGAUCUGAGUGACGCUCAGAAAGACUAGAAACCUGUGGAUGUAAAAGUGAUCAUUCGUCUCUCUUUGUGUCGUUUCCUGUUCGGUUCUGAUCCUCAGAACUUCGGAGGCUGCCGCCGUCUGGACGGUCAUGUGACGGUCAUGUGACGGUCAUACGUGGUGAAUGUAAAGUUUCCCUCCUGAUGUUUGGUCAUCUGCUCCAUUAACCCUUUCAUGCCGAACCUGAAGGAAAACAGGAAACGGUUUUGGUGUUCUGAAGUUUUAGUUCAAACCCAUAAAUGUGUGAAGAUCAAACUGCAUCGUGGUCAUCAUGGUCACCGUGGUCAUGAUGGUCAUCGUGGUCAUUGUGCUCGUCCUGAGGACGUCAGUCAGGAAAACCCUCUCAGGUUGUUGAUUUCCUGCUGAAACAUCUUUAGUUUCUUCGUCUUUUCGUCUGAAACUCUUUCUGAUGCACAAACUGAACGUUCUCGAUGUUUGUUUGGUAAAUAAAGUGUUAAAUGUUCCUGAA